GGGAUGCCGAGGAGCCGGGGCCGCCGCGCCGCGCCGGGGCCGCCGGGGCCGCCGCCCGGCCGGGCCCCGCGCUGGAGCCGCCGGCGGGCCCCGGGGCGGCUGCUGCUCCUGCUGCCCGUGCUCUGCUGCCUGGCGGGCGCCGGGCGGGCGGCGGCGGCGGCGGGGGCCGAGGACCGGGCGGCGGCGGCGGCGCGGGCCGCCGAGACGGGAGCGCCCUUCGCCGGGCAGAACUGGUUAAAGUCAUAUGGCUAUCUGCUUCCCUAUGAUUCGCGGGCAUCUGCGUUGCACUCAGGGAAGGCCUUACAGUCAGCAGUCUCCACUAUGCAGCAGUUUUACGGGAUCCCAGUCACCGGUGUGUUGGAUCAGACAACGAUCGAGUGGAUGAAGAAACCCCGGUGUGGUGUCCCUGAUCAUCCCCACUUAAGCCGCAGGAGGCGAAACAAGCGCUAUGCCCUGACUGGACAGAAGUGGAGGCAAAAACACAUCACCUACAGCAUUCACAACUACACCCCAAAGGUGGGUGAGCUGGACACACGAAAAGCUAUUCGCCAGGCUUUUGAUGUGUGGCAGAAGGUGACCCCGCUGACCUUUGAAGAAGUGCCAUACCAUGAGAUCAAAAGUGACCGGAAGGAGGCUGACAUCAUGAUCUUCUUUGCUUCUGGUUUCCAUGGUGACAGCUCCCCAUUUGAUGGGGAAGGAGGAUUCCUGGCCCAUGCCUACUUCCCUGGUCCAGGGAUUGGAGGAGACACUCACUUUGAUUCAGAUGAGCCGUGGACACUAGGAAAUGCCAACCAUGAUGGGAAUGACCUCUUCCUGGUAGCUGUGCAUGAGUUGGGCCACGCGCUGGGGCUGGAGCACUCCAAUGAUCCCAGCGCCAUCAUGGCACCCUUCUACCAGUACAUGGAGACGCACAACUUCAAGCUGCCUCAGGAUGAUCUCCAGGGCAUCCAGAAGAUCUACGGACCCCCUGCCGAGCCCCUGGAGCCCACAAGGCCUCUCCCCACGCUCCCCGUCCGCAGGAUCCACUCGCCCUCCGAGAGGAAGCAUGAGCGCCAGCCCAGGCCCCCUCGGCCACCCCUCGGGGACCGGCCAUCCACACCAGGUGCCAAACCCAACAUCUGCGAUGGCAACUUCAACACAGUGGCUCUCUUCCGGGGCGAGAUGUUUGUGUUUAAGGAUCGCUGGUUCUGGCGCCUGCGCAACAACCGGGUGCAGGAGGGCUACCCCAUGCAGAUAGAGCAGUUCUGGAAGGGCCUGCCCGCCCGCAUAGAUGCAGCCUACGAAAGGGCCGAUGGAAGAUUUGUCUUCUUCAAAGGUGACAAGUACUGGGUGUUUAAGGAGGUGACAGUGGAGCCUGGGUACCCCCACAGCCUGGGGGAGCUAGGAAGCUGUCUGCCUCGAGAAGGUAUUGACACAGCUCUGCGCUGGGAACCUGUGGGUAAGACCUACUUCUUCAAAGGCGAGCGGUACUGGCGCUACAGUGAGGAACGGCGGGCCACGGACCCUGGCUACCCCAAGCCCAUCACUGUGUGGAAGGGCAUCCCGCAGGCUCCCCAGGGGGCCUUCAUCAGCAAGGAAGGAUAUUACACCUACUUCUACAAGGGCCGCGACUACUGGAAAUUUGACAACCAGAAACUGAGUGUGGAGCCAGGCUACCCGCGCAACAUCCUACGUGACUGGAUGGGCUGCAACCAGAAGGAAGUGGAGCGGCGCAAGGAGCGGCGGCUGCCCCAGGAUGAUGUGGACAUCAUGGUGACCAUCAAUGACGUGCCAGGCUCCGUGAAUGCUGUGGCUGUGGUCAUCCCCUGCAUCCUGUCCCUCUGCAUCCUGGUGCUGGUCUACACCAUCUUCCAGUUCAAGAACAAGGCAGGCCCUCAGCCUGUCACCUACUAUAAGCGGCCAGUCCAGGAAUGGGUGUGAGCAUCUCAGAGCCCUCUCUGUCCACUCAGUCUAGCCAGUCAGACCCUUCCUCACCAGGGUCUAAGGGCAGCUCUGGCCACUGCCUACCAGGCCAGCAGGGCCCUAGGCCAGGGGUCGUGCAGCAGAAGUGGUGGGUGCAUUGGCCAAGGCUGAGGGUGGGGCAGGGAGUGAUGGCGCUGUGCCCUACGGUGGGUCUCUGGCACUCAGCUGCCAGCCUUCCAUUCUGGGUUAACUGUUCCCACCUUAUGGGAAUAGACCAGGCCCCAUCAGGAGGCAAGGACCAUACCAGGAGGAAGUCCUGUGGUCACUGCAGCCUGUGGUGCCCAUGAAGCAUCACAGCUCCCAUCCUGGCCAGACCCAGCACCUUUUGUGGGAAGCCAGCACUAGUGCUUAGUCCCAUCUGGGAGAUGUCACCAGUCCUGGUCCCCCCUUUGCCAACACCUGCUGGUCAGAUGUCCCCCCACCCCCACCCCACUAUCCUCCAAAGCUACAGGACCCCUGCUGGGCAACAAGCUUGGGUUUCCCCUGCUGGCACACAGCAGAUUCCUCAGGAAACCUGCGCCACACAUCAAGGUCUCCUCUGAGACCCAGGAUUUAGGGUCACAUGCUGCAGGCAGGGCUGUGGCCCAGCUGGGUCUGACAAGGACCCAGCUGUCACGUAUGAAUAUUUAAAUGUCCUGUCACUACUGUUUAAAGUCCCAUUCUGCAAAGGCUGCUUGAGGCUUUAGGUGAAUUAGAAGUGACUGUCUUGGUGAUGAGGCCAGCUUGGUCGGUCCUCUCCCAGGUGAUAAGGACCAAGGUGCUGCUAAGGCUACCCUAGCACCCAGACAACCCAGGAGCUGAGCCCUUUUCAUGAGGCGAAAGGCCUGGAACAGGAGCUGACCCCAUUUCUGGAAGCCAAUCUGAGUUUGUGACUGUCCUCCACUAAGCCCCAUUAUCCUUGCCCUCUUCCAAAUGCCCCAGGCCCCAGCCCUGCUCCAGCCUGUGGGCUCACACCCUACAAGCUCAGCCUGACUAGUAUGAUGAAGCAGAAGUGGCUCCAGGCCAGCAAUCUUAUGGCCUUGGGGUAAGGAACCCAGGGCAGCCUUCAGAAGUGCUCAGAGCCUGAAGUUGACUCAAUGUCUCAGGCCAGAAGCAGCACUUAUACCAUGAGCUUGGCCCUUGCCAACCCAGCUCACAAGGCCCAUCUUCCGACACUGCUCUUUGGAAAAGAGCAUCUCCAAAUGGUAGUGGCCCCAAGCCUAGGGGCCUUUCUCACCCUUCUUGGGCCCACCUUUCAUUCUGUAGAAAGAAUCUCUAGGGCUCGGCUUGCCUCACUCCAGCCCAGUAAAAGCAGCCCUACUUGUCACUGAGGAGCGCUAGGUGAGACCAAAGGGUUCAGCAAUCCCUGCUGGCUCUCUGCCGAAGCCAAGAGGUAUGGGUCGUCAGGGUGCUGGCAGGGUCUCAGAUGCCACCGCUGUCCUCUGAGCCUAGCUGGGUUAUGCCCCUACCCCAUAGCCUCUAGGCUUGGGGUUGACUUAACCUGUAGUAGACAGGGACAUCUGCAGCCCUGGGAGCUAUCUCAAGCAAAAUCUCUUGUCCCAGAGGUACCUAUAUGGGCCCACUGUGUUCCCUGUCAUUAUCCUUCUGUUUUUUCUCAUUUUGGCCAAGGGCGGGCUCCCUGGGGC